AUGUCCACUCGUUUCUUGUCGCUCCUUUCCGCCCUCUCCUACGCUCACGUGGCACUGGGAGGGCCACUUCUUGGUUCUAUUCUCAACCCUUUGGAGGAUGCCCUUGGCACGAUUGUUUCCGGCGGUGGUUUGAUUGAGGGCACGCUGGGCCAGGUGGGAGGUCUGCUCGGCGUGGACCAGGAAUUUGACUAUGUGGUGGUUGGCGGAGGAACCGCUGGCAAUGCGAUUGGUGUCCGUCUCGCCGAGGCUGGCUUCUCUGUCGCGAUCAUUGAGGCGGGCAUCUUCUAUGAGCUUGGGAAGCCGGUCCUUGGCUCGACACCGGCCGGAGCCUUCUUUGGCGUCGGGGGGAAAUUGAUCGAUACCCUGCCAACUGUCGACUGGUCGUUCUUGACGGAGCCUCAGGCGGGCGCGAACAACCGCGAGGUGCACUACGCGCAAGGACGAUGCAUUGGCGGAUCCUCUGCGCUGAACUUUAUGAUCCAUCACCGUGGGUCGGAGGGCUCGUACGCCCAGUGGGCUGAUUUGGUCGGCGACGACAGCUACCUGUUCGAGAACUUCUUGCCCUACUUUGAAAAGAGUGUCACCCUGACAGAGCCCAACAACGACAUCCGCAGGGAUAAUGUCACGACCGUCUACGACACCGAUGUCUUCCAAGAGCCCGGCACUGGCGGUCCCAUCCAGGUCGGCUACACCAACUGGGUGUCUUCUUGGGCUACUUGGCUCGAGAAGGGUCUGCAGGCCGUCGGCAUGGAGCGGACAGAUGGGUUCGCCAGCGGCAGGCUGAUGGGAUACCACUACUCGCAAGCCACCAUCCGGGCGUCGGACCAGACGCGCAGCUCGUCCGCGCAGUAUGUGUACAAGGCAAAAAAGUCCAGCGCCAAGAAGAAGCUCAAGGUCUUCACGCAGACGCUGGCCAAGAAGGUCCUCUUUGACAAGAACAACAAGGCUACCGCGGUCGAGGUGAGCAUGCUCGGCGCUCUUCCCACGUACAAGAUCAAGGCCAAGAAGGAGGUCAUCGUCUCCGCUGGUGCCUUCAAGUCGCCUCAGCUGCUCAUGCUGUCUGGCAUUGGCCCCGAGGCCACGCUCAAAGAGCAGGGUAUCCCCAUCGUCAAGGCUCUCGAGGGCGUCGGCCAGAACAUGUGGGAUCACAUCUUGUUCGGCCCCUCGUACCAGGUCAACUUUCCCACGCUCGACAAGACCCUCCACGAACCCGUCGCGCUGGCCGAUGCGCUCCUCGACUACUCCAUCAAGGCUCAAGGUCCCCUUAGCUCCAACGUGGUUGAGUUCCUCGGCUGGGAGAAGCUCCCCGAGAAGUACCGCAAGGACUUUAGCGAGGCCACGCGCGAGGCGCUGUCCUGGUUCGCCGACGACUGGCCCGAGGUCGAGCAUAUUUCCGGCAACGGCUGGAUUGGUGACUUUGCCUUCCCUGUGCUGCAGCAACCUCUCGAUGGCAAGCAGUAUGCCACCAACCUGGGCGCCAUGGUCGCUCCCCUGUCGCGAGGCAACGUAACCCUCAAGAGCAACAGCCCGCUCGCCCCGCCCAGCAUCAACCCCAACUGGCUCACCCACCCCGGUGACCAAGAGGUUGCCAUCGCCUGGUACAGACGCAUGCGCGAGGUCUGGGAUACGCCCGAGCUCCGCUCGAUCCGCGUCGGUGACAAGGAGGACUACCCUGGCCUCGAGAACCAGACGGACGAGGAGAUUCUGAAUGUGGUGCGCUCGUCGCUCAUGACGGUGUGGCACGCGGCGUGCACGUGCAAGAUGGGCAAGGAGGAGGAUUCCAUGGCCGUCAUUGACAGCAAGGCCCGCGUCUUUGGUGUCGAGGGUCUGCGUGUUGUUGAUGCGAGUGCCUUCCCGCUGCUGCCUCCUGGUCACCCGUCGUCGACGAUUUACGCUCUCGCGGAGAAGAUCGCCGACGCUAUCAUCAACGAGGAGUAG